AUGGCACUGGCUCCUCCUCCAACAGUUGUCCUUGGUUCAAUAGCCUUUGCAAUCUUUUGGGUUCUAGCAGUUUUCCCAUGUGUGCCUUUUCUACCUAUUGGGAGAACUGCAGGGUCCCUACUAGGUGCAAUGCUUAUGGUCAUAUUCCAAGUUCUUACUCCAGAUCAAGCUUUUGCUGCAAUUGAUAUCCCAAUUCUUGGUCUUCUUUUUGGGACAAUGGUUGUCACUAUUUUUCUUGAAAGAGCAGACAUGUUCAAGUACUUGGGGAAAUUGCUCUCAUGGAAAAGCAGAGGACCAAAAGACUUACUUUGUAGAAUCUGUCUGAUUUCUGCUAUUUCAAGUGCUUUUUUCACCAAUGACACCUCUUGUGUUGUAUUGACUGAAUUUGUGUUGAAAAUUGCAAGGCAGCAUAACCUCCCACCUUACCCUUUCCUUCUUGCACUUGCUUCAAGUGCUAAUAUUGGGUCCUCAGCAACCCCAAUUGGGAACCCCCAGAAUCUGGUUAUAGCCAUUCAAGGUAAAAUAUCAUUUGGCAGUUUUCUAACCGGCAUUCUUCCAGCUAUGCUUGUAGGAGUUGUAGUGAAUAUUGUAAUUCUUAUAGCCAUGUAUUGGAGGGUAUUAACUGUGCAUAAGGAUGAAGAGGAUCCAAUUUCAGAAGUUGCAGAAGAGGAGGUUAUGUCCCAUCAGUUUUCUCCAGCUAUAAUGACUCAUUUUGCAUCCUCUAAUUCUGAAGAAUGUAAUGACAGUUCAGAACCUACUAAUAAUCUUCAAAAUUCUACACAAGUUAUGGCAAACCAAACAUUCCCAAGUUUAAGUGAAGUUCAGAUGGCUCUUAGUAGCACAAACGCAAUGGAUUCCACAACAAGUGCAAAUGCACCCAAGGGAACCAAUGAUACAAACGAGGAAACUAAUCCUUCAAAAGAUGUUGCACUAGUAGUAGAUAAACCUAUAGAAGCACGUGUUAUGCACUCUUCAGAAGGAAAGGAGGACUACUUGAGCAGAAAAUGGAAAAGGAUUUUAUGGAAAUCUUGUGUUUAUGUAAUCACAUUGAUGAUGCUGAUUGCAAUGCUUCUUGGUGUAAAUAUGGCAUGGGCUGCAAUUGCAGCUGCAAUAAUUUUGGUGGUGCUUGAUUUCAAAGACGCAGGACCAAGCAUAGAGAAGGUCUCGUAUUCACUUCUCAUAUUCUUCUGUGGAAUGUUUAUCACAGUUGAUGGCUUCAAAAAAACUGGAAUUCCAAGUGCUCUGUGGGACUUAAUGGAGCCUUAUUCUAGAAUUGAUCAUGCUACUGGAAUAGCUACACUUGCCAUAGUUAUACUAGUCCUAUCAAAUUUGGCUUCAAAUGUACCAACUGUUCUGUUGCUUGGAGCACGAGUUGCAGCUUCAGCUGCUGCAAUUUCCAAAGAAGAUGAGAAGAAAGCAUGGCUAAUCCUAGCUUGGGUAAGCACCAUAGCAGGAAACUUUUCACUGUUAGGAUCAGCUGCCAACUUGGUUGUCUGUGAACAAGCUCGCAGAGCUCCAAACAUUGGAUACACAUUAACCUUUUGGACUCAUCUCAAAUUUGGUCUUCCUUCAACUCUUAUAGUCACUGCUAUUGGAUUGACACUCAUAAAAUAA